GGCAACACAUGUUUGAUUAGAUAGAACUGUGUAGGUGCCGAUGAGUCUAUAGUUAUAUGAUUUGCCGCUGUGUGUUACAGACAUGAAGGAGACGCCGCUGUCCAACUGUGAGAGGAACUUUCUUCUUCAGGCAAUUACUGAGAAAAAGCGUCUUGAUGGCAGGCAGACCUAUGAUUACAGGAAUAUUAAAAUUGCUUUUGGAACAGACUAUGGCUGUUGUAUUGUGGAGCUUGGAAAGACCAGGGUACUUUGCCAGGUCUCCUGUGAAAUCGUUGCCCCCAAGAUGAGCCGUCCUACUGAGGGAAUACUUUUCUUCAAUCUUGAGAUUUCCCCAAUGGCAUUUCCAGGUUUUGAAAUGGGGAGGCAAUCAGAAUUGUCUGUAAAAUUAAAUAGAUUGUUGGAGAGAUGUUUGCGGAACUCCAAGUGCAUAGACACAGAAUCUCUCUGUGUUGCUGCUGGCGAGAAGGUAUGGCAGAUACGUGUUGAUCUGCACUUGUUAAACCAUGAAGGAAACAUCAUUGAUGCAGCAAGCAUUGCAGCUAUUGCAGGAUUGUGUCAUUUCAGGAGGCCCGAUGUGUCUGUCCAAGGGGAAGAGGUCACUGUGUACACUCCAGAAGAACGUGAUCCUGUGCCUCUCAGCAUCCAUCACAUGCCAAUUUGUGUCAGCUUUGCCUUUUUUCAGCAAGGAAUAUACUUGUUAGUAGAUCCCAAUGAACGCGAGGAGCGGGUUAUGGACGGCUUACUGGUGAUUGCAAUGAACAAACACCGUGAAAUCUGUACAAUUCAGUCCAGUGGUGGGAUUAUGCUGCUUAAAGAACAGGUUCUGAGGUGCAGCAAGGUAGCAGGUGUGAAGGUGGGAGAAAUAACAGAGCUCAUUCAAAAGGCCCUGGAAAACGAUAAAAAGGCCAGGAAAGAAGGAGGCAAGUUUGGAUUUGCAGAAUCUCUACCGGAUAAAAGAAUAACUGCUCUAAAAAUGGAAAAAUCUUCCGUUGAUACAACAGAUGUGGAAACCAAGGCCGAGAAGAUAAUAUUGGAUGCUGAUCCUCCAUGUAGAGUCAUUUCUAAACCAGUAGUAUGGACUGAAGGAACAGCCCAGAUUGGGGAGGGUCAGGGAAACACAUGGGGCCAAAUUGACGAAUCAGAAGAUGAUGAGGAUGAUGAAGACUCUGCCCCUGAAAGCCCAGUGGUUGAGAUUCAAUCAAAGAAAACAAGUUUAAAUGAUGAUGUUGUGACACUGUCGGAUAGUGAAGAAGAAGAUGUAAUAAUUCUACAGCCUGAGAAACCAUCACAAAUAAGAGUCACGGAACAACAAGCAUGUUCAGCAAGUGAUAUAUCCAGUGCGAAGAAGAAGAAAAAGAAUAAAUCUGCACAAAAGUGAUCUGUGGAUAGCACUCAAAGCGAGAAGCUUGAGAAAUGUCUGAUUCCAGUAGCUUACAGACCGAUGUAUAUUGUUUUGGCAUAGAUGAAUGCUGUUAAAUCAUAUGUUUGCCUUCAACAACAGUCUGCAAACUGUCUCUCACAGACUAGCUUUUUUUAUUGAGUAAAUGUAACAUUUGACAGGUAAAAAAA